AUGGCAGCCCCACAUCUCGACAUCCCAGAGUCCACCUCGACCGUGGACGUCUCAAUCAUCGACACCAGCUUCCUGAUCUCAGACGCUCCAUCAUCUUAUUUCUUCGGGCCCGAUAUCAAAGGGUUCGAAACGUUCACGGCCAACGCCUACUCCUUCUUCAUCACCCACACCGACAGGUCAACCGGGAAGACAACAAGACUCCUUUUCGAUCUAGGACCCCCUAAGAACUGGGAACAGGACCUCGCGCCCUUCCUAGUCGAAGUUGUCCACGGAUGGGGAUCCAAAAUCGAAAUCAAGAAAUACGUCUCUGAGAUCCUCGAGGAAAAUGGCGUGUCGUUGGACACCAUUGAUGCCGUGGUCUGGAGCCACCCACACUGGGACCACAUCGGUCGUCCAAGUCUAUUCCCAGAAACGACCGACCUCAUCGUCGGCCCUGGGGUCAAAGAGGCCUUUGCCCCUGGCUACCCAGAAAAACCAACGUCGCCGGUCCUGUCGCGCGAAUUCGCCGACCGCAAAGUGACCGAACUGGACUUCAGCGACUCGACGCUCGAGAUCGGCGGAUUCAAAGCCCUCGACUAUUUCGGCGAUGGAAGUUUGUAUUUCUUGUCCGCCCCAGGCCACGCGGUCGGACAUAUGGUUGCUCUGGCCCGCACCGCCGCCGCCACUGGGAGCAGUCCGUCAACAUAUAUCCUCAUGGGCGGCGACUCGUUCCACCACGGCUCGCAGCUCCGUCCGCACAAAUACGCUCCUCUUCCUGACGAGAUUGAACUUCCAAAACUCCAGCACAACACCAAGUCUGAGUUCAAAUCCGACGAGACCGUCACGGUCGCCGCCGAAACGAACAAUGGUAGCACCGGCGGUACUAGUAAAGGGCCCAAUAUCGCCGCCUCCCACCUAUGUUUCUGUCCCGGCCAUUUAUUCGAAUCCGUCCAUCCGACCCACAGGCAUAUUCCAGCCCACUACCAAGCCCACAUGUCCGCAUACCAUGCCGACCCGAAGACGACACCGUUUUUCACAAUCUCCCAGACCGAGGACGGUCAGACCCUCGCCGUCGACAUUGACGAGGCCCGCAAAACAAUCAGAAAUCUACAACCCUUUGACGGCGCUGACAAUGUCCUCGUCAUCGCGGCCCAUGACAUCACCAUGGCGGAUGUCAUUGACACGUAUUUCCCCAAUGGGCGGGCUAACGAUUGGAAACAGAAGGGGUGGAAGGAAAAGGGUCGCUGGCGGUUUUUGAAGGACUUGUUGCCCGCCGUUGAGAUUGCGAAACAGGAGGAGCAGGAAAAGGAGCAGCAGCAGCAACAGCAGCAGAAGGCUUGA